AUGGGCGAACACCCGGUGCACCUUGUGUUCUUGCUGGCAUAUGGACAUCCAAAUCAGCGGAGGAUCAUGGAUCAAGCGUUCAAUUUCGACGAGUUGACCGCACUGCUUGAGUGUUGCUAUGAGCAUGACGGGCCAAGAGGGCAGCCACAGGACCUGGGCAUUUACACCGGGGAGAGCAUCUUGCAUAUCUGCAUAGCAAACAACGACUGCAAGAGCAUCGACGGGAUUCUCAAGAAAGCAGGCGAUAAACUUGAGAUCCUGCUAGGGCUAAAAGCCACUGGACUCUUCUUUCAGCCUUUGGUGAUGAGAAAAAAAGCACAGAUCACCACAUUUCAGAGAUGGAUGCUCGGUAUCCUCGGAAUCGACAGAUCGCAUGAGGACUACGGUUGUGAUGCAAUCGUGAACAUACAUUCCUACAGUCAAUCAUUCGCCUACUUCGGAGAGUUCCCUUUAUCGUUUGCAGCAAGCCAGGGAAACGUGGAAAUCUGCAACAAGAUAUUUGCAAGGCUAAGUAAUGACGUGCAGUGGAGAGUUUUGACUCAAGUUGACAGCAGUGGGAACAAUGCGCUGCAUAUAGCUGUACUUCAUGGUCACGAAGACAUGAUCGACUUCCUCCUCAAAAAAGAACAUGAGCUAAAAGAAGCUGAAAAGGAAAAGGAGAAACAAGAAAAGCUGAACUCCACCAACACAGGCAGGGAAGUAGGGGUGGCUGAAAUAGGGCAGAAUCACGAUCAACAAGGCUACACCCCUUUCACUCUCGCUGUCCGUCAUGGUCAGGUCCGAACUUAUCAAUACAUCGUUGAUCAGCACAUGAAGAAGACUGAAUGGCGGUUCGGGGCUAAGCGCUACACCAAGGUCAGCUGUGAACAGCUGGACAACUAUGGUGUGAAGAACUCUUCGGAUGACAAGGAGGUCUCCAGUUUACACCAACACGACAAAUGGAAGAGCGUGUUUGAAAUUAUCGUGAACUUCGAGCUUGCAGAGUUUUGUGAUGACCACGUGUUUGAAGAAUUGCUCACGAACAAAUGGAAAUCAUGCAGGCAUAUAUUUUUCUUUUUCGUGCUGCUUCCAUACAUUAUCUACCUGGCUCUGUUCUGCUACUUGCUUCACUUGCGGACUUCUGCUUUCCGUUCUAACUUCUUUCCGCUGUCUGGUGCUCCGAUUGGUGAUGUAUCAAGUAUUCCAGACGCUCAAACAAGAAUUGUCAGUAUCAUUCUUGUCUUCUUCAGUGUUUGUCUGCUGGUGUAUGGUUUGUCCUCGAGGCGCUUGGACUCAUUGCUGCUUCGGGGAGCGAAGCCGAAAGAGCGGAAACUGCUACAGUGCUUGAGCCAACUGCUGCAGAAGAACAUGCUCUCAUUGUUGUGUAUACUCACAGCCACAACGGUCCUGACGUCCUUCGGCUUGCAAGAGGUAGGCAACUACAAGGUUGAGCUCAGUUUCCUUUCGUUGGCGGCUCUCUUUUCCUUUCUCACCCUACUCUACGUUGCCAUACCAUACCAUCCAGUGGGCAAGCUUGUGAUGAUCAUGGAGGACAUCAUGUUUCAAGACGUUCUCAUUUGUCUCAUCGUCUACUUGAUCUUCAUGUUCGGCUUCACUGCCGCUAUCUACCUCAUGUUUCAAAACAGCAGCAGCUGGCAACUCAGGUAUUCAACCGACUUCGACUACACAAGAAACCCAUUGGCCACCGCCUGGGCUCUCGUAUGGAACUCGCUGGGGGACGCUUACAUGUACUUUCACGUGCUCGCCCUGCACUCCCAGGACAGGAAUCUCGCGGUCACGCUCGAGGUGAUUUGGGUAAUCCUCUCCAGAAUCCUCAUCAUGAACCUGCUGAUUGCGAUGAUGAACUCCCGUUACAAGCGAGACUGUGAAGGAAAGAACAGGCGGUGGGUCUUCCAUCGUGCCCGUAUGAUGCUCAUGUACGAGCGAUGGAGGGUGGCUAGCCCGCGCCUGUUCCCAGGACACAAAGACAGGAAGGAUAAAUUCUUGUACCGUCUAGAGGAGAUUCCGAGAGAAUCCAGGGAUGUCUUCAAAUGUGUUCACGAUGCCGCGAAGAGCAUCAGCUCCGAGAGCAGGCACGCUGGGUAG